GACACGAGCGACGGAAUGCAACAGCAACGAUUGUCAAAUCGAGGAAGUGCUAGACGAAAUGCUCCAGAGGUUCGCUGGUUUUCCCAAGAUCCAAGAAAAAAUACGGGCCUUUAAGAAAAAGGAAAACGAAGACAGUUUCAAAUUGGAUAAAAUAGAUCUUACAGAAGUGAACAAAAUUCUUACAGCCACAAAAAAUUCCAUUGAAAAAUUUCGAAGUGGAGAUCAUGAGAAAUUUUCAGAGGGCGUUCUUGACAUUGUGAAAAGCCUUGCAACCCCGUUGGGCGCUAAACAGUGUGGAGCGUUUAUUGAGAUUUUGGUGACAUGCUAUGGCUUGUUAUUUUUAGAAAGACAACCUAAGGAAAGUGUGGUAGAAAAACUAGCAAAUAUUGUUCACGAUGCGUUUAUUCACUUUAACAGAAAGUUAAUGGAUCAGAAGUACAAAGGGCUUGAGCGUCGCGUAUCAGAACAGAAUUCUCAGUUGCAGAAGAUGAAAAAAGGAGAGAAAUUAGAUGAUCCUAACCUGUGGAAUGAUUACGCGCAGUUUUUGGGUGAGCUUGCUGUAAGGUUAGAGUCGCCACUUUCCUUUAAGUAUGAAAACAACCUGUCAGAAGAUCCCGAUGUGGAAGAUUACGUAACUGCCGUGGUUAAGUACUCUGAAGCUCACUCUUGCUUCAUGGCUCUUCUAUUUGCUGCCAAAGCAAAAUAUACAGAAUUAGGAAUCGCUCACGAAGACGACAUUGCCACUUUGGUACGGAAAAUGUAAUUUCAGGAACAGGAUGCUAAAGAGAAACUCUCUUUUCUGUCAGAAAACAGAUAUUUGACUUUUCUUGGAAAAAUCGAGGGCGGAAAAAUCACAAAAAUUGUUGCUUUAAGCCGAAGAAUUCGUUUAGGUCGCCUGGUAGAAACCGUUCGACAUAGCUUGGGUUUGUCGCCAAUGCCGAAAUCAUCAACAGUCGAGUCCUCUGCGAAGAAAGUGGAUCAACAGUCAGUGACUUUAAAGCCAGUAGAAGUAGAAAACUGCUCUUGGUUUUCGCUUAACCAGAUCUCUAGAUACCGCCUUUUCAUUNAC